AUGUUUUACUCACAAGUGGUUUUGUCGAAGCGCGGUCCAUUAGCAAAAAUAUGGAUCGCGGCUCAUUGGGAGAAGAAACUGACGAAGGCGCAGGUUUUCGACACUAAUAUAGACAAAGCUGUCGAAAGCAUCCUGGAGCCGAAGGUGAAAAUGGCAUUGCGUACGACAGGCCACCUGUUGCUGGGCAUCGUUCGCAUAUAUUCGAGGAAGGCAAAAUAUCUGCUUGCCGACUGCAGCGAGGCGUUUUUGAAGAUGAAGAUGUCUUUUCGGCCGGGCGUCCCCGUUGAUCUUCCGGAAGACAGUCGUCAGGCGGCGAUGAACACUAUAACGCUGCCCGAGGUGUUUCACGAUUUCGACAGCGCGCUGCCGGAUUUAAGGUGCGGCUUUGAUUGUAUAACUUGCAGUUCUUACUUUUCAUCUUUGUAA